AUUAAAGGCGCUCUGUUGAACACUAAAUAACUUGUGAACAUCCUGCCUGCCUUCCUCUGUCUUCCUCCACCCCCUCCUCUACAUAAGAAGAGGAGGGGUUGGAGGACAGGGAUCAACUCAGCAGACGCUUGAGACACUGAGACUGAGCAGUGAGUACUGGAGAGGAGUGAAGAGGAGGAGUGAGAGGAGCUGACUGGAGCCUCUGGAUCACAGAUCUGGAUCUUUUUCACUUUGACACCAGUGACAGAGAAGACAGUUGCUGUUGGAGAUGACUGGGCUGUCCCUGCAGGAACAACAACCAUCUGCUUUGGGGACUUUUCUCUGUCCCGAGAGCUUGAGAGUUAGUGGGGAAGUCUGAUCUAAAAGGCACAAAUAUUGGAGGAUUUCUACCUCAGUUAGAAGUUAGGCGCACUCAAAGAGGAUCAGUUGCGGCCUUGUUGGAUAAAAGCCAUAUUUACAACUAAACUCCAGGAUGAAGACUCAUCUCCUCUGCUUGGAGUUACUCCUCUUGGCAGGUCACAUCCUUGUGGCCAGUGGGCAGCUGGAGCCAAAGAAACAAGUGCCCCAGGACCCUCUUACUGUUACCCAGAGACUUGGGCUCGUAGAGAGAGGAGUGCAGGGUCCGGUGAGGCCCAACAUCACCAUGCCGCGCCGCCGGUUACCUCCCAUGUGCACUGGACCCACGGAAAUACGAGACACCUUCAAGUACAUUAAUACGGUGGUGUCCUGCCUGGUGUUUGUUGUGGGUAUUAUUGGUAAUUCCACUCUGCUGAGAAUCAUCUAUAAAAAUAAGUGCAUGCGUAACGGGCCGAACAUCCUGAUUGGCAGCCUGGCACUCGGAGACCUUCUGCACAUCAUCAUCGGCAUUCCCAUUAAUGUUUACAAGCUCCUGGCGGAGGACUGGCCUUUCGGGGUGACUCUGUGCAAGCUGGUGCCGUUUGUCCAAAAAGCCUCAGUGGGGAUCACAGUGCUGAGUCUGUGCGCUUUGAGUAUUGACAGGUAUCGUGCCGUAGCCUCGUGGAGCCGCAUCAAAGGGAUCGGCGUUCCAAAGUGGAUGGCUAUCGAGAUAGUGGUCAUCUGGAUAUUAUCCAUCAUUCUGGCUGUGCCAGAGGCAAUAGCCUUCGACAUGAUCACCAUGGACUACAAAGGAGAACACUUGAGGAUCUGUUUGCUGCACCCCAUGCAGAAAACUGGUUUUAUGAGGUUUUAUAAAUCAGCGAAGGACUGGUGGCUGUUCAGUGUAUAUUUCUGCCUGCCGUUGGCCUGCACUGCUAUUUUCUACACCCUGAUGACCUGUGAGAUGCUGAGGAAGAAGAAUGGUGUCCAGAUUGCUCUCAGUGACCACCUCAAACAGCGAAGGGAGGUGGCUAAGACUGUGUUCUGUCUGGUUCUGGUCUUCGCUCUGUGCUGGCUGCCUCUCCACCUCAGCCGUAUCCUGAAGCUCACCAUCUACGAUGAGAAAGAUCCAAACCGCUGCGAACUGCUCAGUUUCUUUUUGGUGUUGGACUACAUUGGCAUCAACAUGGCAUCUGUCAACUCCUGCAUCAACCCAAUCGCCCUCUACAUGGUCAGCAAGCGCUUCAAGAACUGCUUCAGGUCCUGCCUGUGCUGCUGGUGCCUACCGGCAGAGAUGCUGAUGGAUGAGAAACAGUUGUGCAUGAAGCUGAAAGUCACAGAACGCGCCUCUGACCAGAGCAACUCCCGCAUGACCAACAAAUCUACUACAGGCUGAGGAGGGACCUAGAAGGGAGAAAGGAGGAGUUAUGAUGACAAAAAACUAAACUCAAAACUAAAAUUUAAGUUCGGAUGACUGAAUGAGGAUAAAUGCCCAUUGUUAUCUCAUCUACAACAUCAUAUUUAACAGAAGUGCUUUUGGAAAUCAGCCCUCACUGAGACGAAACUCCCUCUAACUUAAAACUCUGAACACUAGCCAUUAUGGACCACUGCACACUCUCCCUGUCCAAGAAGAAAUAAGCAUCAGUGCACUUCAAAAGUUGUAUUCUUGGAUAGCAAGUGUGCGACGUGUGAAGCAGGCAAACUGUAAUAUGUGUGUAUGUAUUGAGCAUUUUGCCAACUUUAUCACCUAUUACAUUAUAGCCUUUAAAUGUAUUGUCUCUGUGUCAUUUCCCCACUAGUUAUUGAACUACUGAUGUUGUGUCAUUUCAGCUGUGUGACCAUUCAGCUGUUGUAUUAUACUGUUCAAUAUUGGGCCUAUUCUUGAGGUUUUAUGCAUUUCGUAACUGUAUUUGCUCCACAUUAUCAUAAUCUGACUCCUUACCUUAGCUGGUAUGACAAGAGGUAGGGGUUUCUUUUUGCAAUAAAUAAUGAAUAAAAUAAAUAAGAAACUA